AUGGCUCGCCAGCUGUGGACGCUGCUGCUGUGGGGCUGCCGGCUGCGGGCCGCGGCCCUGGCAGUGGCCCGGGGAGCACAACCAGUUCUGUGUCCUUGGAAGCCCCCAGCCCAGUCCUGGAGUCCCAGGCAAAGCCUGGCUUCAAGCUCCCACAAUGGACGGCCGUUCAGCUCCCAGGCUACUGAGGAGCGUCAGGAGGAGCCUCUGCACUCCCUCAGCAGCAGCUCGGAGACCGUGCAGGGCUCUGUUUCCAAACAUGAGCUCCAGGCUGAGACAAAGAAGCUUCUGGACAUCGUUGCCCGUUCCUUGUACUCAGAAAAAGAGGUGUUUAUGCGGGAGCUGAUCUCCAACGCUAGUGACGCCUUGGAAAAGUUGCGUCAUAAGCUGGUGUCUGAAGGCCAGACGCUGCCAGAAAUGGUAAUUCACUUGCAGACUGACACCGAGAAAGGCACCAUCACGAUCCAGGACGCUGGCAUCGGGAUGACACAGGAGGAGCUGGUGUCCAACCUGGGAACGACUGCCAGGUCGGGGUGGAAGGCCUUUUUGGACGCGCCUCAGAGGCAGGCGGAGGCCAGCAGCAAGAUCAUCAGCCAGUUCGGAGUGGGUUUCUACUCGGCCUUCAUAGUGGCUGACAGAGUCGAGGUCUGUUCUCGCUCGGUGGACACGGGCAGCCCUGGGUACCAGUGGCUUUCAGAGGGCUCUGGGGUGUUUGAAAUCGCCGAAGCCUCAGGAGUAAGAACCGGGACCAAAAUCAUCACCCACCUCACGGCAGACAGAGAGUUCACCAGCAAAGCUCAGGUUGGAGAUGUGGUGACAAAGUACAGCAACUUUGUCAGCUUCCCCUUGUACCUGAACGGAAGGCGCAUUAAUACCCUGCAGGCCAUCUGGCUGAUGGACCCCAAGGAUGUGGGCGAGACGCGGCACGAGGAAUUCUACCGCUACAUCGCUCAGACCCAUGACAAGCCCCGCUACACCCUGCACUACAAGACGGACGCACCGCUCAACAUCCGCAGCAUCUUCUACGCGCCGGAAACGAAACCAACCAUGUCUGACGUGAGCCGGGAGCUGGGCUCCAGUAUCUCACUGUACAGCCGCCAGGUCCUCAUCCAGACCAAGAUGGGGGCCGCCCGGCACUUCCUGCGCAUGCGGCAGCUGGCCAAGCCCCAGGAGGAGCGCGCUCAGCUGCUGCAGCCCACACUGGAGAUCAACCCCAGGCACAGGCUCAUCAAGAAGCUCAAUCAGCUGAGAGACAGCGAGCCUGACCUGACCCAGCUGCUGGUGGAUCAGAUCUACGAGAACGCCGUGAUCACAGCGGGGCUCGACGAUGACCCGUGACCCAUGGUGAGCCGCCUGAACCACCUGCUUGUCAAGGCCCUGGACUGA